GCCCUGCUGUGUUUGACCCACGUGUGUGCAGCGAUGUGUUGAUUUGAAUGUUUUUUAAACCCUUAAAUUCUCGUCUUGGUCUGUUUGUCUGUCUUUGCUGGAUUACAGCUGACAGCUCGGUUCAUUAACACGACAUGGACCUCGCCUCCAAGGACUCGUACAUUCAGAAACUCGCAAGUCAGGUGUUUUCUCAGCGAGACCGGGAGCCAAAGAAGAGACCGUUUGCUCAUUUCAAGGGUAAAAGUGACAGUGCUCCGCCAAAGAAGAAGAAGAAAAAGUGUAAAAAGAAACAUUUCAAAGAAGGAGGCACCGAUGAGAAGACGCCACAGCCCCAACAGAAGUCUUCACUCUCUGCAGCAGCACAGAAAAGUCCGGCAAAACCAAGUGGCUUCAAAUCUGAGAGCAUAAAUGGAUCUACAACACAGACAACUAAAGGAGUUAAUGUACAGUCCAGAUUCUCGACAGUAGAUGUUCUACGCAAGAGGCUGCAUGAAAAGAUCGAGGAGUCCAGAGGGCAGGGACCUCCAAAGGAUGCACUAUCAGAUGCGGUCCAGGCAAAGCGAGCAAAGCGAAAGCUGGAACGGGAGCGCAAAAAGAGGAAGAAGAAGGAGUUCCGGAUGAAGAAACUGGCAGAAAAGAGUGGCAAGGAGCAGCUGCCGGAGAUAAAACAGGAAGAGCAGCAUGUCCCUGCUCCCACCAAAAGAAAUGAAACUGCUAUUGUCUUCAACAAGGUGGAGACAGUGGAAGAGUGCUAUGUAGACAAAAUGCAGAAAAAGAAGAACAAGAAAAACAGCAUCAAGGGCCAGAUAACUCCGCUGACAGGGAAGAACUACAAACAGCUGCUCAGUCGGGUGGAAGCUCGGAAAGCAAAGCUGGAAAAGCUGAGGGAGACAGACGAGGGGAAGGCCCGCGAGCUGGAGGAGAAGAUUAAAUGGACCAACCUGCUUUAUAAAGCAGAGGGCAUCAAAAUCAAAGACGACGAGGACAUGCUGCGCGCCUCGCUGAAGAAGAAGGAGAAGAGGCAUGCUCAGAGGAAGAAGAACUGGCAAAAGCGCAGCGAGAACAUCCUAGAGAAGAUGCAGCAGCAGCAGGACAAGAGACGAAAGAACAUCCAGAAACGCAGGCAGGUCAAAACAGAGAAGAAGAAGGACAGGGCACGGAAGAAAGGCAGAGUGCUGCCUGAGGACUUGAAGUGAGGGGCAGUGUAGCUGAAGGACAAUGUUUCACAUGGUGUCAGAGUCAAAUAAAGUAAAUCAGUCUGUGAUUUAUUAAAUGAUAUGAAAGUGCACAUGUUGUACCUUCUUUCCUGUAUAGGAAUAAUAAUGAGUGUUAUGAUCAAUAAAAUGUCAUCUUUCAUCGUGAUGAACUUCUGUUUUAGCACAAGUUUUAAGUUGUUGUAAAUAUGAAGCUAACGCACAGCGAGCAGCUGGUUAAUUUGACUGGAAACGGUUAGCUCUGUUUGAAGCCAACAAAAAAUCUGCACGUUUUCAGAUCAUUUACUUAAGUAUCAAACCUACCAAGUUAAAAUACUCAACUUAAAAAUUAAUAAAAGUCCUACAUCUACAAUCCUACUUACCUAAAGGUACAGAAGUGUUAUCAGCACAGGGGACACAGCCUGUGCUUUCUAACAUUUCUUGUUUCUAAGUCAGUUAAAAACAAAACAGAGACACAAACUGACUGCAAACAAGCACAAAACUAUCACAAAGAGACUAAAACCAACCACAAUGAUACAAAAACGGAAUAAAUGACUACAAAGAAAUAGAAAACGACAACUGUCAGGAAGAAAGCAAGUGCAUGUUAUUUCCUAAAAAGGAAGAGCAGCCCCUUAAA